ACUGGGACAGGAUUCAGGGCUCCCAGAAGAGGGAGUGCUCAAGACAGCACUGGGACCCCAGGCUGAAGAGGGAUUCUGGCCCCUAGUGCCCACAGGCUUGGGGCUGAUUAGGAACGGAGGUACAGUGUCUGCCCCCCCCCUUGGGGGGGGCAGGACAGGGCCUUGGGCCUUGGUGCCUCCUGGUACAUGGAAGAUGCCUGUGCCUUGGUUCCUGUUGUCCUUGGCACUGGGCCGAAGCCCCAUGGUCCUCUCUUUAGAGAAGCUUAUGGGGCCUCAGGACACUGCCCGCUGCUCUCCGGGCCUUUCCUGCCACCUCUGGGAUGGUGACGUGCUCUGCCUGCCCGGGAGCAUCGUGUCUGCCCCGGGCCCUGUGCUGGUGCCCACACGCCUGCAGACAGAGCUGGUGCUGAGGUGCCACCAGGAGACUGACUGUGACCUCUGUGUGCGUGUGGCCAUCCACCUGGCUGUGCAUGGGCACUGGGAAGAACCUAAAGAUGAGGACAGGUCUGGAAGAGCCGCUGAUCUGGAGCUCGAGGAGCCUAGGAACGCCUUUCUCCAGGCCCAGGUGGUGCUCUCCUUCCAGGCCUACCCUACUGCCCGCUGCGUCCUGCUGGAGGUGCAAGUGCCUGCUGCCCUCGUGCAGCCUGGUCAGUCUGUGGGCUCUGUAGUAUUUGACUGCUUCGAGGCUGCUCUGGGGGCUGAGGUGCGACUCUGGUCCUACACUCAGCCCAGGUACCAGAAGGAACUCAACCUCACACAGCAGUUGCCUGACUGCAAGGGGCUUGAAGUCCAGGACAGCAUCCAGAGCUGCUGGGCCCUGCCCUGGCUCAGUGUGUCUGCCGAUGGAGAUGAUGUGCACCUCGUGCUGGACGUCUCUGAGGAGCAGCACUUUGGCCUCUCCCUGUACUGGAACCAGGUCCAGGGCCCUACAAAACCAUGGUGGCACAGCAACCUGACUGGGCCACGGAACAUUACCUUGAACCACACAGACCUGUUUCCCUGCCUUUGUAUUCAGGUGUGGCCUCUAGAGCCCGACUCUGUCAGGACGAGCCUCUGCCCCUUUAAGGAGGACCCCCGGGCACACCGGAACCUCUGGCGUGCAGCCCGGCUGCGGCUACGGUCCCCCCGGGGCUGGCAGCUAAAUGCACCCUGCUUGCUGUUUGCUGAGGCCAUUCUGUGUUGGCAGGCACCAGGCGGGGGUCCCUGCCUGUCGCUGGUCCCACCACUGUCCCGAGAAAAUGUCACUGUAAAUAAGACACUUGAGUUGCCAUUGCUGAAUGCCCACCCCAACCUCUGUGUUCAGGUGAGCAGCUGGGAGAAGCUGCAGCUACAGGAGUGCUUGUGGGCUGAUUCCCUUGGGGCCCUCAAGGAUGAUAUGCUGCUGCUAGAGACACGUGGCCUCCAGGACAACAGAUCACUCUGUGCCUUGGAACCCAGUGGCUGCACCCCACUACUCAGCCGGGCCUCCACGAGGGCAGCUCGCCUCGGAGAGCAGUUACUACAGGACCUGCAGUCAGGCCAGUGUCUGCAGCUCUGGGAAGAUGACCUGAGAGCACUAUGGGCCUGCCCUAUGGACAAGUACGUUCACCAGCGCUGGGCCCUGGUGUGGCUGGCCUGCCUACUCUUGGCCUCUGCACUUUUCCUUCUCUUCCUUGUCAAAAAGAACCAAGUGAAAGGGUGGCUGAGGCUCUUGAAGGAGGACCUCCGCGCGGGGGCUGUCGCCAGGGGCCGCGCGGCUCUGCUCCUCUACUCAGCGGAGGACUCUGGUUUCGAGCGCCUGGUGGGCGCCCUGGCCUCAGCUCUGUGCCAGCUGCCCCUGCGGGUGGCCGUGGACCUCUGGAGCCGUCGUGAACUGAGCGCGCAGGGCCCCCUGGCCUGGUUCCACGCGCAGCGGCGCCAGACCCUUCAGGAAGGGGGCGUGGUGGUCCUGCUCUUCUCGCCGGGUGCCGUGGCGCUAUGCCACGAGUGGCUGCAGGACGGGGCGUCAGCGUCCGCCCCGCACGGCCCGCACGACGCCUUUGCCGCCUCGCUCAGCUGCGUGCUGCCCGACUUCCUGCAGGGCCGGGCGCCCGGCCGCUACGUGGGGGCCUACUUCGACGGACUGCUCCACUCGGAGGCCGUGCCCGCCCUUUUCCGCAGCGUACCCGUCUUCUCCCUGCCCUCCCAGUUGCCCGACUUCCUGGGGACCCUGCAGGGGCCUGGCACCCCCCGUCCCGGGCGGCUCGGGGAGAGGGCGAAGCGAGUGUCCCGGGUCCUGCAGCCCGCCCUGGACCAGCUGCUUCAGUCUCCCGGGGAUCCCAGGGAUCCCGAGGACGGCACGCGGGUUGGCACGUGA